GGAAGGGAGCUGACUCAUCAGGGUACUGAAAAGCUUUACGUCCGCACCUGAUUGUCGAAUCACCCCCCACCCCUCUUCUCCUUCCGUGAAGCCUCCGAACCAGACAUACAUACAUACAUAUCUCCGCACGCGCGCGCGCACAUACAUCAAUAGAUUAUACAUGUGCGGUGUACUAUCUAUCUAUACACGCGCAAAUCCAGCCACAUCGCGACGUUGAUGCUCACGUUACAACCUCCACUGAACUAACAUGCUCCGGUUUCCAUCCCUUUCCUCGAUCUAGGGUUUUCUUCACUCUCGCCCUUGAUCAGGUACCUCUUUCGUCAUCGUGAUGGCGGUUAGGGCUUGGGGAUCGGGAUUGGUUCUCUUGCUGGUGUUUGGGAGGCUAGCGUGGGCCGAGCCCGUUAGGGUUACGUUCGCUCCAAUUUGUGCUGCGAAAUCGGUUGGGGAAUCGGUGUUGCUGGGGCUUGGAGAAUCUUCGAGGUGCCCGAGGAAUGGAUAUGAAUCGGUUGACUCUGUUCGUGUUACUGAGGGAGAUGAGGCCUCUUUGCAGAGGGCACUGAGUUUGGUCUACAAUAAUAGAGAUGAUUAUGUUGCUCUGCUCUUCUAUGCUUCUUGGUGUCCUUUCUCGGGAGCUUUCAAACCAACUUUGUCCAUUUUGUCAUCCUUGUAUCCCUCCAUCCCCCAUUUUGCAAUUGAAGAGUCAGUCAUCAGGCCAAGCACACUGUCCAAAUAUGGAGUUCAUGGCUUUCCCACCCUUAUGAUUCUUAAUUCGACCUUGCGUGUGCACUAUCAAGGCUCCCGGACACUUGGUUCUCUUGUUACUUACUACAAUGUUGUCACAGGCCUCAAGAGUGCAGCAUUCGAUGGAAACUCCCUGGAGGGAAUCGGGAGGUCAUCAGAUCACGAGGAACACAAUAAAGUUGAUCCGGAAAGCUGCCCAUUCUCAUGGGCUAGAUCUCCGGAGAAUUGGCUUCAGCAGGAGACCUAUUUAGCCUUGGCCACCGCUUUUGUCCUUUUGAGGUUGCUCUACUUCAUUCUCCCAACCGUGUUUGUAUUUGCUCAAUUGGCUUGGAGAAGACACAUCUCAAACAUGAGCUUGAAGGGAUUGUUGGAGCAUCCUCUUGCCUUUAUGAAUCGUGUGAUACAGUUGUUCCCUUCCCUAAAGGAGCCCCGGAAAAGAAGUAAUCUGCAAGAAGGAGCAAUGAAUGCGAAGGCAUGGGCUUCAAAAUCCUUGGCUUCAGUUUCCUUUGGGGAUGCGAGCGCCAGCCGGGUUGUGCCAGUAAGUUGAUCUAUCACUUUCUAAUUGCGGUGAUAAUAUCCUGUCUGGUUGCCGUUUCAUAGUCAGUUUUCCAAAUGAGUUUUACAAGAUUCUGUUUGGUUGUUGAUGGGUUUUGAAACUCGUUUUCAAGGAGCUAUAAUUUGUGGAAAUAACUCACUGUCUAGAGAAUUGUAAAAUGGUAAACUCUUGUUCUCGGAAAACCAUUCCGCUCAGACCUGAAUGAGAUACUAAAAAACGAGGAGUGUUUGUUUUCCGAAACAGUUUUCUGAAGAGUGUUUAUCCUAAAGUGAUUCUUGAAAUUGCAACUAAACAUGGCCGCAUUACUGAUUCAUCUUCGCGACAGAAUCUUUCAUUUUAGUAUAGAAGUUUGUGUCCAGAAUUACUGUGAUAAUUUAGUUAGUUUUUCAUUUCCGGUUCCAUGUUUCAUUGUAAGGUGGAAAAACUUGCCUUGUCUGACUCUUGCAGCAAAUUCAACUGUAUUUUUAUGUAACCUAGAAUAGAAAUUGUUAUCGUUGUCUGAGAAAUAAGACGUGUUUGUGAAUGUGAA